AUGAUGAGAAAGUUUGAAAUGACCGAUCUCGGAGUGAUGAAGUAUUUUCUCGGCAUUCAAGUAAAGCAAGAAAAUGGAAAUAUCUUCAUUUUCCAUGAAAAGUAUGCAGCAGACAUGCUAAAGAAGUUUAGAAUGGAGAAUUGCAAGCUUGCUGCAACACCCAUGGCCCUGAACGAAAGAUUAAAGUUUAUGAGCAAUCCAAGCAAGUCACAUUUUGCGGCUGCAAAAAGGAUUCUCCGUUACAUUCAAGGGACAAAAUGUCUUGGCAUCAAAUAUUUGAGGGACGAGAACAAUGAGUUGAUUGGAUUCACAGACAAUGAUUGGGCUGGAAGCCAAGAUGACAGGAAGAGCACAUCGGGAUACAUUUUUUGCUUGGGAUCAAAAGCAAUUUCGUGGAGUUCGAAGAAGCAAAAUUCAGUUGCUAUGUCAUCCGCGGAGGCAGAGUACAUUGCUGCGAAUGAAGCAGUUCGAUAA